AUGGUGGUUAACAAGAAAAUACUUUUUGUGCUGGUGCUGGUUUUGGGUGUUGUUAGUGCAGAGUUUGGACAUGUCACUCAGUUUAGAGUGAAGACAGCAAAUGUUUUAAAAUGCCCUCGAUAUAUAGCAAGCACUGUCAAACGAAUAAUGUUCCAACUGCUAUCAAUUUUGCGUCCCUCUGCUAUCAGUGCUUCUGAUUUUCCAAAUGUUAAUGAAUUAUACUGUGAAGCAUUUAACAUAACGUAUGAUAUGUUUUAUAAGCCACUAAUGUUUGAUCAUUUUAGUACGGCUAAUGUUAAUGAGAUAUCAGCAGCUGCUUGGUUGACAGGGAUCUUCGAUAUCAUCAGAGUUUAUAUCAGGCUGGUCUUUGGAGAGUUCGACUAUGGGUAUUGGGAAUUGGACUUACAUUAUUGGGUGAAGAUCAUAACAAUAUAUAAUGCUAUUGUCCAAGAGAAAGGGCGAGAGUAUUUUGAAACAAAUAUGUGGUGCAUCAGACCUCGAGUAGGACAGCAUUUUUUACCAUUGUAUCCUGGCUAUUUCGCAUGAAAUUUUACUGAGGCCGAUCCAAUUAUUCGCAGAUUUUAUGAAAGACCCAUUGAUCCUGUGAAGGACUCCUCCUCUUUGGUUUGGAAGAUACUUCUGCUUUUUGGUAUUCUUGGAGCUAUUGUUAUUGUGGUGAAGCUAAUCUUGGCAGAAUGGAAGACUUAUAAGAGCCUAAGGCUCUCUCAACUUGUAUGGUCUGUUGAAAUUAUGGAUAAAAGCUCUUGAAAAUCUGAGAACUCUUGGAAAUCUGAGAGCUCUUGGAAAUCUGAGAGCUCUUGGAAAUCUGGGAGCUCUUUAAAAUCUGAGAGUUUGAGAGGAGCAAGAUCAUUUUCUUCAGAAGUAUCGAAUCUUCAAUAUAGAAAUGAAUUAGUUAAAACGAGCACUCCAUUGUUUGGCUCAAAUGGCCAAGACUCCAAGCUAUCAUCUUCAUCUUAAGAA